AUGGCCCUGCUCUACAUGCCCACGCCAUUUCCCGUCGCUGAAUUGGACGCAUGGUUCCGCGCCGAUUCCAUGCAGACAAAGAGAGGUGCCAUGCAAAUCCUCGAGAAACUGCACAUCAUAGUCAUGAAGCAGGACGACGCGCGUCAGACCCGAUACGAGCUAUACAAGAGCUUCGCUUCUUCGCUACGACAGGCGCUAGAAGGUAGCGGAUCACACAGGUCUUUUGGCGUGCCGUCGCAUAAGUCUGAGGAGAGAAGGGUUAGCAUAGACUUUUUAGACAGCUACUCGCAGCGGCAGUGGGAGAACAUUCUUUUCUACCUGGUCGGAGGCACGGUGGGGUUCAGGAACCCUGGAGGGCAGGAUGACGGUUUCACGUUUGUGCUUAGAGACACGAAUGCGCAGGUUUGGAGCUUGCUCGUUGCCUACCUAAGGAAUGCGCCACAGCAACGCAUGUCCGAAACCGACAUCCUUAACUUCCUCUUCAUGCUCGGCUCCCUCGAGCUCGGACAAGACUACUCUACCGCGACUCUCUCCGCCACGCAACUUCAAAUGCUCGAAGACCUCGCGGAAUUUGGCAUCAUCUACCGUUCGCACAAAGCAGCCUCCACAUUCUAUCCCACUCGCCUCGCCGUCACCCUUACCUCUGACGCCGGCGCCCUCUCGCAAGGCUCAGGUUCCGCAACGGGAGGCGGCUCCACAGCUAAGGGCUUCAUCAUCGUCGAGACGAACUACCGCAUCUACGCGUAUACCAACAGUCUCCUUCAAAUCGCCAUCCUCUCCCUCUUCACCCAUAUGCGCACGCGCUUCCCCAACCUCGUUUCCGGAAAGAUCACCCGCAGAUCCAUAGGCCGCGCCAUCUCCUAUGGUAUAACCUCCGCCCAAGUUAUAGAAUAUCUUGAGACGCACGCACACCCGCAGAUGCAGAAGACGAAGCCCUUCCUGCCGCCAACAGUUAUGGAUCAGAUUCGCCUGUGGGAGUAUGAGAGGGAAAGGAUGGAGACGAGUCAGGGCUUCUUGAUGAGAGACUUUGCAAAUGAGGGUAGUUAUAGGGAUUAUGUGCAGUACGCCAAGGACAAUGGGGUGUUGGUCUGGCAGAAUGAUAAGCAGCGCAUGUUUUUCAUUGAUAGUAUUGAGGUGGUGGGGGCGAAGAUUAAGAGGGAUAUGCAGAAGGCGAGAGCGUAA